UCUUCUCCUGAGCUCUGACUUCGCUGCCUAGGAGUGUCCUCUGAUGUUCUUCAUUAAUGUGGCUCUGACUGGAGAUUCUGGCACACAACCCUGACGAUCUACACACCGCUGCACAGGGACGGAGGUGUCCAUCUGGCUGUUGCAUGGCAGGGGUCAGGAUCACCAAGGUGGGCUGGCAGAAUUCAGAAAAUGGUUCUGCCCACCACACCCAAGAUUACCCCUGCCCUGAGCUGGUGGUUCGGAGGGGCCAGUUAUUCAGGCUUACCCUGGAGCUGAGUGGCGUCCUGGAGAGUGAGGAAACCCUCAUCUUCACCGUGGAGACAGGGCCCCAGGCAUCUGAGGCUCUCCACACCAAAGUCAUAUUCCGGACAGGGGAGCUAGAAAUAGGCGAUACCUGGACAGCUGCGAAGGGGGAGCAGACAGAGAAUACAAUCACGGUCAGCCUCGCGAGUCCUUCCAAUGCAGUCAUUGGCCGAUACCUGCUGAGUGGCAGGGCCUCUUCCCGCCGAAAACACAGCGACCGAAAGCUGGGCCAGUUUAUUCUCCUGUUCAAUCCCUGGUGCCCAGAUGACGAUGUGUUUCUGGACUCAGAGGAGGAGAGGCAGGAGUACGUGCUUAACGACAGUGGCAUCAUCUUCCGAGGCGUGGAGAAGCACAUCCGAGCCCAGGGCUGGAACUACGGGCAGUUUGAAGAGGACAUCUUGAAAAUCUGCCUUUCUAUCCUGGACCGAAGCCCUAGUCACCAGGACGACCCAGCCACUGAUGUGUCCCACCGCCAUGAUCCAGUCUAUGUCACCAGGAUCAUCAGUGCCAUGGUGAACAGCAACAAUGAUCGGGGUGUGGUACAAGGCCAGUGGCAGGGCAAAUAUGGCGGUGGCACCAGCCCACUGAAGUGGCGUGGCAGUGUGGCCAUCCUACAGAAGUGGUUCAAGGGCAGGUACAAGCCAGUCAAAUAUGGCCAGUGCUGGGUCUUCGCUGGAGUCAUGUGCACAGUCCUCAGGUGCCUAGGGAUUGCAACCAGGGUGGUGUCCAACUUCAACUCAGCCCACGACACAGAUGGCAAUCUGAGUGUGGACAAAUAUGUGGACUCUUUUGGCCGGACCCUGGAGGACCUGACUGAAGACAGCAUGUGGAAUUUCCACGUCUGGAAUGAGAGCUGGUUUGCACGACAGGACCUGGGCCCAUCCUAUGACGGCUGGCAGGUUCUGGAUGCCACGCCCCAGGAGGAGAGUGAAGGCAUGUUCCAGUGUGGCCCUACCUCAGUCACCGCCAUCCGUGAGGGUGAUAUACACCUAGCCCACGACGGCCCCUUCGUCUUUGCUGAGGUCAAUGCAGACUACAUCACCUGGCUGUGGCAUGAGGACCAGAGGCGGGAGCGCGUGUACUCAGACACCAAGAAGAUUGGCAGGUGCAUCAGCACCAAAGCCGUGGGCAGUGACUCUCGUGUGGACGUCACAGGCCUCUACAAGUAUCCAGAAGGGUCACAGAAGGAGAGGCAGGUGUACAGCAAAGCUGUGAAGAAGCUGCUCAGCGUGGAAGCCUGGGGGAGGAGGAGGCGGAUCCACAGGGCCCGCCUCUGGCGUGAUGACCUCCUGAAACCUGCCACCAAGCCCAGCAUCACCGGCAAGUUCAAGGUGCUGGAGCCACCGGUGCUUGGCCAGGACCUGAAGCUGGCUCUGUGCUUGACCAACCUCACCGACAGGGCCCAGCGGGUCCAAGUCAAUGUGAGCGGCGCCACCAUCCUCUAUACCCGAAAGCCAGUGGCAGAGAUCCUGCGUGAAUCCCAUACAGUGAAGUUGGGGCCACUAGAAGAGAAGAAGAUCCCAGUCACAAUAUCUUACUCUCAGUACAAAGAUGAUCUGACAGAGGACAAGAAGAUCCUGUUGGCUGCCAUGUGCCUGGUCAGUAAAGAGGAGAAGCUCCUGGUGGAGAAGGACAUUACGCUGGAGGACUUCCUCAUCAUCAAGGUGCUGGGCCCAGCAGUGGUAGGAGUGGCAGUCGCUGUGGAAGUCUUGGUGGUCAACCCCCUCUCGGAGAGUGUCAAGGAUUGUAUGCUGAUGGUAGAAGGCAGUGGCCUUCUCCAAGGACAGCUCAGUAUUGAGGUGCCCAGCUUGCAGGCUCAUGAGAAAGCCUUGGUCCAGUUCAACAUUACCCCCUCCAAGAGCGGCCCAAGGCAGCUGCAGGUGGACCUUGUCAGCUCACAGUUCCCAGACAUCAAGGGCUUUGUGAUCAUCCAUGUGGCCACAGCCAAGUGAUGGGCCAGGACGGACUUGGGGGAGGAGUCUGUCCAACUGCUGCUUCUCCCAUGUGAGAGCCAGGUGUCCUGGCUUAGUCCUGCUUCUGUCUUUGCCCUCCUUCAUGAGCUUAGGCAGGUCCUUCCAAGCCCGCUGAGGUGCUGGACUCAGUAAGUCCUCACCUUCGGGACUAGCGGCUGACGUAAGAGGAGGAUUCUACAACUCUCAUCGCCUUGGCCUAGUUAGCUUUGCCAUCACAGCCCAGGAAACUCACAGCUCCUUGUGUCUCUCUCAUCUCUUCAAAUGUCCUGGCCACAUUUAGGCCCAAGAAGUCUCUAGGCCAAAACACUCUCACUAUAGAGGAGCCUUGCUGGAGCCACAAGGCAAAGUCGGAGCAAGAUGGAGAACCCAGCCAUUCACCCAAGUGUUAUCCCCAAACUUGUAUUCUUUC